CCACCACCGCCUGCAGUUAUAGGUCGUCUGCCACGGGACAUUCAUACCACUACUGCUUCUGAUCAUUCCUUAUCUCAAUCUACGAAUACUUUGCGGACCAUGUAUCCGUACGGACGUAAGACUUUUCUUCAUUUCCGUGUUUCUUUUGCUGACUCUUGAUAGAACCUUUCGGCCGACCCACAAUGCCGCCUGGCUUCCCAGGGAUUCCUGGUGUCUCUGGGAUGGGCGUGCCUCCGGGUUUCGGUAUGCCUCCUGGGACUGGUCCUCCGGGCGCGCCUGGUCUCCCCCCCCCUCCUGGUGUUAGCGGUGCCCCCCCGGGGACGGCUCAGGCCAACAUGCCUACUCGGCCGGGAAUGCCAGGAUUUGUUCCGCCAGCAAAUUUACCGAAUAUCAACUUCAACGCGCCAAUCAUCAGACUCGGUACUUCCGUGACGCGGCAAAAUCCUGUUCCGUCCUCCUCGGGUUCAUUGAAGUCCGGGGCUGGGUCUUCGCAGGGCUUUUCAAGGGAUGCCGCUGCGGAUCUGGCACCGCCCAGUGUAGAGGAGCAGCUUAAGACGGUAUUUGUUGGUUCCAUACCAAAAGAUCUGGAAGAUGAGUGGAUGGAGAGAAUCCUGAAGGUAAACCACCACGAGCUUUAAUUGAAAUCUGGGAUAAGCCUUUGGUACUGACCGCUGUAUUUUUCUUUUCUUUUCUAGUCUGUCGCACCGCUUAGGAAAUGGACCCGAGCCACAAAUGAGAAUGGAGAACUAUGCAAGUUCGGGUUUGCCGAAUACGAGGAUCCUGAAGGUCUUGGAUGCGCGAUUGAAGCUCUCGAGGAUUUAGAAAUACCUGCUAUCGAUGAGCAUUCCGAGCCUAAGAAGCUGAUGGUAUUGUUCUUCCAACCCCAACCUCCCUCCAGCAUUGCUACUUAUUUGCUAACCCUUUCCGUAGAUGGUCAUCGAUGAUAAUUCUGUGACCUACAUCGAAAACCACGAAAAGCGGGUGGAUCCUCAACAAUUAAAGAAUCGCCGAGAAUCGGCUAGGGUUGCCCUCACAACUACUCUAUGCGAAUACAGGGACCCUUCUAAACGAGCACCCAAGACCACCGAAGGCUCCAGAACUCCAGCGCCCGAGAAGACCUCCGAAACUCCGGCGCCAGAUGGCGUUGAUGCAACCCCACAGCCCGAAAUUGUGACAAUACCCCUUUCGGCGGAUGACGAACUGAGCGAUAUUCCAGCAGAUAUGCGUGACAUGGUGGCCAAGGAAAUUGCAGCCUUUCGGGAACGCUCGAAUCGUAGAGACCUUGAACGUCUCAGGAGAGAGGAAGAAAUAGAAAAAAUGGAGCGGGACCGGGGCCAUGGGCCUAGAAUAAACCGUCUUGCCUCAUCCCCACCCCCACUGGCGCCUACGGGGCCAUCAGGCGGAGCAAACGCUAUCCCAAUUGGGCCUUCAAGAUUGCGGGAUCACUCGGGGACCCCGAGCACUUCGGCGAAAAUCCCGACCGGUCCGUCUUCCGGCAGUCAGCUUCCCAGGGAUUAUCAUAAGGGGGUCGCAUUCGUCAACGGCGGCACAAAUGGACUCUCCUACAGCAAGGAGGAAGAAGAUUCUGACGCAUCUGAUGAGGAGCUGGAAAAUCGCAGAAAGGGGAAAAAGAAGACCGACCAGGAGAAAACUUUCUUGGACCACGAACGACGUUGGCUCAACCGCGAAAGAGCGAGGACCUCCGCUCUAGAGCGAGAGCGAGCCAGAGAUCUGGAGGACGAAGAGAGGGAGAAACUGGAUAAGAUAGCUAUGGGCAAACGGUUGGCGGAAUGGGACGACGAUGUUGAGGCGGAAAAGAAAAAUGAGGAAUAUUACGUUGAUAGAUCUAUGUGGAUCCGCAACAGGGCAGCGUUUCGGAAUAGGGAGAUCGAGAUGGACGAACGGGAUCGCCAGGCGGAGGCUAGACAGGCUGAGAUGGAUAUUGACAAAAAGCGAGCUGCCGAAUCUAUGGCGGAUAGCUUCUUGGCUAGACAGGCCGAAGAAAUGGAGAAGGCAGCUCAAAUCAAAGAGCCACAGAAAUUCAAGUUGGCUUUGGGUGCAGCUGCAAGCAAGAAGCAGGAGCAGCAGGGACCUAGAAGGAAGACAGCAGCUGAAGUUGAAGGGAUGCUAGAAGACGAGGAAGAAGACGAGUCGAAAACCAAGCGUGUCCUCGUACCUAUACAGUAUGACUCUACUAGUGUUAUGGAUGAGGAGACCAGGGAGAAGCUCGUUAGGCAGCUAGCUCAAGAGAUUCCGAGCGACCGAAAGGGCUUAUUCGAAUGGAAGUUGCAGUGGGAUCAUAUCGAUGAGGCAAUUCUCAACGAAAAGUUGCAGCCAUUUGUGGAGAAAAAGAUUGUUGAAGUAAGCGGCUUGUCCCCCCUUACACUACAGUUCCAUUUUUAGGUAUUAACGCUUUCCAGUACCUGGGAGUCCAAGAGCAAGAGCUCAUUAACUUUGUUCUGGAGCAUAUCCGGAAACGUGGCUCCGCAGAGGACCUAGUGAAGGAGUUAGAAAUGGUACCAUAUGCUUCCCCAAAUUUAUUCACAUUCAUACUAACCCCGCUAUAGGCGCUCGAUGAAGACGCUGAAACUCUUGUCAAGAAGGUCUGGCGAAUGGUCAUUUUCUACUCCGAGAGCGAAAAGAGAGGCCUUAAUUAGGGUUGCCCUUCCUUGCCUACAAUUUCAACACUAUCAUACAACUCUCUCUUUUUUUGUUUGAGGUAGGGAUAGGCCGGGCGGAGUUUAUUUCUUUAUCCAGCGGGUUUUGUUUUCCCCCUAUUGUACUGUACACUAGAUAUUCGAUAAUGCGCUCGGGCAAUUGAACAAAAAUAAUUCCGUCACG